AUGGGCAAGGCUGGCAGGUGGCUCAGAAGCUUCCUCACCGGCAAGAAGGCCAGGGACAAGGGGGCAGACGACGGCCUGCCGGCGCCGGCCGCCAAGGAGAGGAGACGCUGGAGCUUCCGGCGUCCGGCGGCGUCGGCGAGCGCCAGGGACACGAGCAGCGCCACGUCCGGCUGCCACGGCAAGGGCCAGCUCGCGUCCACGUCCUCGCACUGCUUCUUGGAGGUGCAUGCGGUGACGGUGCAGGACCAGCAUGCCGUCGGUGCUGCUGCGCCGCACGAGGUCGCGAUCACCGCGGCCACGGCGCCGCCGGAGGGCAGCGCCCGUGACGCCGAGGAAGCCGCGGCCGUCAAGAUUCAGGCCGCCUUCCGAUCGUACCUGGCGAGGACGGCACUGUGCGCGCUGCGCGGGAUGGUGAAGCUGCAGGCCAUCGUGAGGGGCCAGCUGGUGCGGCGGCAGGCGGACAUGACGCUCCGCCGCAUCCAGGCGCUCGUCGCCGCCCAGAGGCGCGUGCGCGCCGAGCGACUGCGGCUCCGGCUCCUCGACGACGGCACGCCGCCGGCGCGGACGAGCCGCCGGUCGCCGCAGCAUCACUGCUCCCCCCGGAAGCCACUAUCCGCGGCAAUGCAGGAGCAGAACGGGGAGAUGGACAGCGGCGGCGGCGGCUGCGCACGGCGCAACAGCUGCUGCUCGACGCCGGCGAAGGCGGAGCUGUACUACAACCAGAACCAGAAGGCGUCGCCGGGGCCGCCGGGGCUGACGUCGGACUUGAGCGUGCGGACGUUCAGCGGCCGGUUCGACGAGGAGCACUACUCGGCCGCGUCCUUCUCCGCCGCGGGGUCCGAGGCGAGCGGGCGCCACCGCGGCAAGGCGUGCCACGCCCACGCCGCGAGCUACAUGGCCAACACGGAGUCGUCGCGCGCCAAGCAGGCCCGGUCGCAGAGCGCGCCGCGGCAUCGCCCCGAGGCGGCCUCGCCGUCGCGGUCGUACGAGCGGCCGCCAAGUGGGGGCGGCGGCCGGCGCAGGGCGUCCCUCGACCCGCGGAACCUCGCCGGCCAGGUGCGCGCUCCCUCGCCAAGGAGCUCCGUUGAGGCGGGGCGUGUGACACCGCAUGACAGGCCCGGCGCGUCGCUCGCCGGCAGCGAGUGCGGGUCGUCGUCGAGCACCGCGCUGCUGCUGGCCUCGGCGGCCGCGGCGCGCAUCGCGAGAUGA